GCUCCCAGUACCCCCGUGUUCCAUAAUGGGAAGUGCCGGGUACCUUCCCCAAGAUUUGGAAAUCCACGUUUCUGCCCCUCAAUAUGUCCAGGGGCGGGGGUCUCCAUUCCCUCCCUCCAGAUGCUCCUGGGGGGCGCCUUUUCUCCCGCCAAGAUUGUGGGGCUCGGGCAGUGGGGUCUUUGGCUCCCCGAGAGAUCCCGGUGUUGAGAAGCCUCGCGCACCUCGGAUGAAAGGGGUAGCGGUGUCAAACCCUUCCUUCAGACCCUGCACUUGGGGUGCCUCUAACCCUCCCUCUCGUUCCUCCCUAAUAUUCUGGGAAAGCGAGUCACAUUUCCCCUUCGCGCAGUCCCUUGAGUUCAGUGGGGCCACCCCCCCCCCCCAAUACACAUGCCCCGCGGAAGCUCUUUGGAGGAAAUGGGACGAAUAGGCCCCUAAACCUUUCGGGAGCUUGUCUUAGGAAUCUCUCUAACCCUAGGAAACCUAGUCCCCAGAACGGUUAAUCUGCAUCUGGGUGUAUUUGCUUUCCACCUCGCCUCGCCCACCCCACCCCAGGGGGCCCAUUCAGUUCAUCACUUUGUGGAUGCCUUUCAGGUGACAUCCUAGACCCUGCCUCCCACCCCCAAGAUUAUUUAAAGACCCCACCACUGGACCGGCUCCCGGCCCUGGGUCAGGAUUUAUUUACCUUCCCGCACGAUCCCUCUUCCCAGCCCUUCCCCCCACGCAGUCCCCCACCCUCACACACCCCUUACCUUCCAAGCCCCACAGCCUCCUGCUCUCUCAUGGCACCCCCACCCUUCCCUGCCGAGGUGGUACCUUUCCGAGGGACUCUCCACUGGGUGUGUUGUUUAUGAGGCUUAGGGGACUGAGGCGAGCAGACGAAACCCUAAAAUAUUUAAUUGAAGGGAGUCGUCUCAGAUGUGUGUCGGCAUUGGGGUAGCAGAUGAAGGUUAUAUUUGGCAGUUAUAUUGAAGUGAUUAUUGACCCACAGAGGGAUCUGGGAGAGACGAUCGAGAUUGUAUUCACUCCCCAUGUACAAAGCCUGCUGCUGCUUUGACUUCUCAGCAGCCCCUAACCUUCCAGCAGCAGGAGAUCAAGUGUGUGUUCUGUGGCUCUCUUCUCGCCACUAAAAAUAAUGGUUCUCCGGUGGGUUGAGGCUUCUUUUAAAAACCAGACGAUCAGCCAAAGACAGCAUCCCACUUUGGAGUAUCAAAAACAAGUUCAUUACCUCCGGCCUUGAUAUUUGUUCCCAGUGGUGCAGCCUGUGCAGUGGGCUCUUUGUUCACCGGCUAAUGCUUCUGUUAAGCACCUCGUGCGUGUUCCUGGGGCUGGCGACUCUGUGGCAUAGGUAGCACACCGCCGCUGCCGUGGGGUCUGAUAGACGUGGUGAAGGUGUGUGAACGCAGCCUGAAAGGGAGGCUCUGCUCUGUGCCUGCACCAGCUGCCUCCAGGCCAACUACACGUGUGAGACGGAUGGGGCCUGCAUGGUUUCCAUUUUCAACCUGGACGGGAUGGAGCACCAUGUGCGCACCUGCAUCCCCAAGGUGGAGCUGGUCCCCGCUGGGAAGCCCUUCUACUGCCUGAGCUCCGAGGACCUGCGCAACACGCACUGCUGCUACACCGACUUCUGCAACAAGAUCGACCUGAGGGUGCCCAGCGGUCACCUCAAGGAGCCUGAGCACCCCUCCAUGUGGGGCCCCGUGGAGCUGGUGGGCAUUAUUGCCGGCCCAGUGUUCCUCCUGUUUCUCAUCAUCAUCAUCGUCUUCCUUGUCAUUAACUACCAUCAGCGCGUCUAUCACAACCGCCAGAGGCUGGACAUGGAGGACCCCUCGUGUGAGAUGUGUCUCUCCAAGGACAAGACGCUCCAGGACCUCGUCUACGACCUCUCCACGUCGGGGUCGGGCUCAGGGUUACCCCUUUUUGUUCAGCGCACAGUGGCCCGAACCAUCGUUUUGCAGGAGAUUAUUGGCAAGGGCCGCUUUGGAGAAGUGUGGCGUGGCCGCUGGAGAGGUGGCGACGUGGCUGUGAAAAUAUUCUCCUCUCGCGAAGAGCGGUCUUGGUUCCGGGAAGCAGAGAUAUACCAGACGGUCAUGCUGCGCCAUGAAAACAUCCUUGGCUUCAUUGCUGCCGACAACAAAGAUAACGGCACGUGGACACAGCUGUGGCUCGUCUCGGACUACCACGAGCACGGCUCCCUGUUUGACUACCUUAACCGCUACACGGUGACCAUCGAGGGGAUGAUCAAGUUGGCCUUGUCUGCCGCGAGCGGGUUGGCACACCUGCACAUGGAGAUCGUGGGCACCCAAGGGAAGCCUGGAAUUGCUCAUCGAGACUUAAAGUCAAAGAACAUCCUGGUGAAGAAGAAUGGCAUGUGCGCCAUCGCAGACCUGGGCCUGGCCGUCCGUCACGAUGCCGUCACUGACACCAUUGACAUUGCCCCUAACCAAAGGGUGGGAACCAAACGAUACAUGGCCCCCGAGGUACUUGAUGAAACCAUCAACAUGAAGCACUUCGACUCCUUCAAGUGUGCGGACAUCUAUGCCCUCGGGCUCGUGUAUUGGGAGAUUGCCCGAAGAUGCAACUCUGGAGGAGUCCAUGAAGAAUAUCAGCUGCCAUAUUAUGACCUAGUGCCCUCUGAUCCUUCCAUCGAGGAGAUGCGGAAGGUCGUAUGUGACCAGAAGCUGCGUCCCAACAUCCCCAACUGGUGGCAGAGUUAUGAGGCGCUGCGGGUGAUGGGGAAGAUGAUGCGGGAGUGCUGGUAUGCCAACGGCGCGGCCCGCCUCACCGCACUGCGCAUCAAGAAGACCCUGUCCCAGCUCAGCGUGCAGGAGGACGUGAAGAUCUAGCCGCCCCUCCCGACACGCCGCCCGGGCAGCGGGAACUACAGCCGAGCUGCCGUGUGGAGCAACAAUGGAGGCCUACCUCUCGUUUCUGCCCAGCCCUCUGUGGCCAGGCGCCUGGCCCGCAAGAGGGACAGAGCCCGGGAGACUCGCUCGCUCCCACGUUGGGUUUGAGACACGGACACCUUUUAUAUUUACCUCCUAGUGGCAUGGAGCCUCUGAGAGCGAAUGGUGUGGAGACCUCGGUGCCACGACCCGGACUGGCUGUAGUGGGAAGUCCCGCCCGGCCCGGCGCAUCUGGCAAGUAGCCUGGCGCGGGACGGCGGCGGCCGGGGAGGGCCCGGGAGGAGCUGAGCGGGGCCGGGGCCGCUGGUGCCGAGCGCGAGCUUUCCUCCGGGACCAACCGCAGCGCGGCGAGGCGGCCCAGAGGAACCAGAAGGACGGCCCCUCCUCCCCCGAGGACGCCCGGAGGGACUGCCGGCCGAGGCGGAGCGGGCCGCCCGUCUGUCCAGCCGUGUGUGCAUGUGCCGAGGUGCGUCCCUGUUGUGCCUGGUCUGUGCCACGCCCUUACACGUGUGUGUGUACGUGUGUGUCUGUAGGUGCGCACUUAACCUGCUUGAGCUUUCUGUGCAUGUGCAGGUCGGGGGUGUGGUCGUCGUGCCGUCUGGUCUGCGUGCUGGUGCCUCUGUCAGUAGCGAGCAGCGUCCUGUUCCCCCGGUGCCCUACCCCCCUUCCAGAACCCCCUCGUCCCCGUGGUACUCCCUCCCGGGCAGGCUGUGCCUCCGCCGUCGCCGUGUCAGCCCGGCCCUCCUUCCCCAUUUCCGACCGCGGAACCAAAGCUGGCCCAGUUGUCCGCAGCAGACGAGGGUUUUGGGGUCCAGAUUGGGGGGGGGGGAUGGGCAGGGAAAGAAUCUUGGCGGAAGCCUGCGGUGUUGUGCUCCGCGGCCACCGUGGGAAACGAGCCAGCCUGAGGGCAUCAAGGAAGGGCCAAGGAAUUUGAAGCCCAGAUCUUGGGACUCAGAUUGGAAUGUCACAUCUGUCUUUCAUAUCCCAGAUUCUGGAAACAGCAGUGUACAUUUUUGGUGGUGGUGGGUUUAGGGUGGGGAAGGGAAGGGAGGGGACAAGGAGCAGGGAGGGAGUCUGGGGCGGGAGGGAGGCAUCUGCAUGGGUCUUUUACUGGAUUAUCUGAUCUCGGUGGAGGGAAGAUGUGAGACUUGCAUCCACUUCAGGGGCUUCUUUAGUAAAGGGAACGGCCGAGCUGAACCUGGUAUUUAACCUGAGUGUAGUAUUUAACGACGUCUAGAAGCACGGUUGUGGGUGGUGGUUUGGUCAGCAUAUCUUAGGUAUAUAAUAACUUUGAAGCCAUAACUUAACUGGAGUGGUUUGGUUUUCUUUUUUUUUUUAUUUUAUUUUUUUUAAUUUUAUUGGGAGGGUCUGGAUUUUAACUUUUUUUAACUAUUAUUAAGUUUUUAUAAAAAGAAAACCAUCUCUGUGUGACAAUUACCUCUCAGUCUAUUUGUUUUUAAGGAAAUCCCUAUAAAAACAACCACACACACACAAAAGGCUCCAGUCAAACGCACAUAGUUCAAUCACACUGGAAAUGUCUGUCUUUGGACCUGAGCCUGUUCCCCCUACUGAGCAGCAGGAGUCCCUCUGCCGGGGGUUCGGGGGUUGGUCUCUCUUGCGCUCUGCCUCCCCUCCCAGCCCCGUAAGUGGGUUUUGCACUGGGGCCCUAGCCUUCUGUGCAUUAUCCCGCAGGUUGCACCUCCUCCUCCGGGCAUUUACUCAACAGACAUUCGUUGUGGGCCUGUCAGGUGCCAGGCACUGCUCUGGGCACUGGCAAACACAUCUGUGAACGAGACAGGCUUGGGUCCUCCUCUUGGAGCACUGACGACGGAACUGAUUCAAGUUAGCGGGUGCCUGUUUUGAGACCAGAAGUUUUCCUAGUUGGUUCUGAGAGCCUUUUGAGCCUGGAGUGGUUGCUCUGAUAUCUCAGACCACCAAGGAGCAAGGAUUGCCCCCCACCCCCACCCCCCCACCAAAGAGGCCGGCGGCAGGCAGUGAGACCCCCACCACUGCAUCCCUCCGCAGCCCCCUUCCUGCCCCCGGGAGGCACAGCGUGUGUGCAGCCCCAGAGCACCCCUGCCUCCAGCCCAGCAACUCUCUGCCAAAGCCUGUGGAGGAGGGGAGAGCCUCUCCCUGCUCACGUCGGUCUCCCCGGGGCUCCUGGCCUUCCUAUUUAUUUUCCCGAUGUACUGCUUCUUUCCUUGCGUAAAAGGAGAUCGUCCCCUCACCCUUUGGGCCAAUUUACUGGCCACUGAUGAACUUCCCUCGCAUACCAAUCGUGUCAUUGGGGGACCUUCUUCCCCACCCCUGCUGACGCCCCACCUGUCCACCCUGCGGCAGGCAGAGCGAGGCGGGUGCCAGGAGGUGAUGGAAUCAGACUCCUCCCCAGCCUCAGCCAGCCUCUGGGAUCUGCCAACACUCCUCGACCCCAGGGACUCCCAAGCCACUCGGCCGCUCCCCAGGUGGCUCUGCUGUCCUCACCACACACUCCUCCAGCUUCGGGGAAGACUGAGCGGUUUGGGGAAGCUCCCAGCCCCGCUGCCGCCACCACCACCACCACUCUUAACCCAGGAGUUGGGAGUUAAAGAGUUGAGGAGAAACUAAAGCCGAGGUUUUGGCCCCCUGAGGCUAAACUAACCCUGAUCCUUAGGGCUACCCACACCUCUGGAUUCUGGAUUCACAGACCAAGUCCAAGCCCGUUCUUAUGUCGCCAUCAAGGCCCCCGAACGGCAUUCUCGGUACUUCUGUUUGUUUUUGUACAUUUUAUUAGAAAGGACUGUAAAAUAGCCACUUAGACACUUUACCUCUUCAGUAUGCAAGUGUAAAUAAGUUGUAAUAUAGGAAAUCUUUUGUUUUAAUAUAAGAAUGAGCCUGUCCAGUUUCUGCUGUACAUUAUUAAAGUUUUAUUCACAGAG